AUGCAGGCCUUCCGCCGUAACACUGUCUCGGCUCUCCGCCAGUUCGGUGCCACCCAGCGCCGGACUGAGGCCACCUCUGCCUACCAAUCCACCGUGAACAACCUUCGCAUCAACAAGGACACUCGCGUCCUGUUCCAGGGGUUUACCGGAAAGCAGGGAACCUUCCACGCAGAGCAGGCCAUUGCCUACGGCACAAAUGUUGUCGGUGGAACCAACCCUAAGAAGGCCGGCAGCACUCACCUCGACCGUCCCGUCUUCGCCAACGUCAGCGAUGCCGUGAAGGAGACCGGUGCUACCGCCUCUGCUAUCUUCGUCCCUCCCCCUCUCGCUGCUGCCGGUAUCGAGGAGGCUAUCGCCGCUGAGAUGGGCCUCGUUGUUUGCAUUACUGAGGGUAUCCCUCAGCACGACAUGGUCCGCAUCACCGACAUCCUUAAGACCCAGAACAAGACCCGUCUUGUCGGCCCCAACUGCCCCGGUAUCAUCGCUCCCGGACAAUGCAAGAUCGGUAUCAUGCCCGGCUUCAUCCACAAGCGCGGUCGUGUCGGUAUCGUCUCCCGCUCCGGUACUCUGACCUACGAGGCCGUCAACCAGACCACCCAGGCCGGCCUUGGUCAGUCUCUCGUCGUCGGUAUCGGUGGUGACCCCUUCUCCGGCACCAACUUCAUCGACUGCCUGAAGAUCUUCCUCGAGGACCCCGAGACCGACGGUAUCAUCAUGAUCGGUGAGAUUGGUGGUUCCGCCGAGGAGGACGCCGCCGAGUUCUUCAAGGCCAACAACAUCCACAACAAGCCUGCCGUCUCCUUCAUCGCUGGUAUCUCCGCUCCCCCCGGCCGCCGCAUGGGUCACGCCGGUGCCAUCGUCUCCGGUGGUAAGGGUGGUGCCGACUCCAAGAUCUCCGCUCUGACCGACGCCGGUGUCAUUGUCGAGCGCUCUCCCGCCAACCUCGGCAAGUCCCUCCUUGCUGAGUUCGUCAAGCGCGACCUUGUCUAA